AUGCUCAGCGUUCACUGGAAGAAAAGCGGUGCGUUUUUUUCUAAAUUAAUAAUUCUUUCAAAUGGAUAGCGUCUACUGAAUAUGCGUAUAAUUUAUCAUUUUUUUUUAAUCGUUUUUGAUACUUUUCAAAUGUUUUCUUUCAUCUCAAAACUAAAACCCGGUCAAUAUAUGUCGGUUUUACACAAAACACCGUCGGAACUGUGUCCGAUUUACACUAUUUGAUAGGGCACCAAUGAAAAAACUAACAAUGAGAAUGUUGGGAAACGAGAACAGUAGUAACAAUCCGCAAAAAAAUGGGCCAAAAAAACAGAAGGAGAGGUACACGAUUUCCAUGAAACAGUCGGCAUUAUUGAUGAACUUUUCGAUUUCUUCUUGUGGGUUUUCCGUGUUUUCUGAGUUUCUUAGGAUUAAGAACGUUUUUGAUAGUUUUUAAGGUUAGGAGUGAGAACUUAUAAUGAAAAAGAGUUGAAAAUUGUUUUUUUUUUCGAAAAAGGGAAAGUAAUUAAAAAAAUUUGAUUUUUCUUUGUUUCCAUUUUUUUCCAUGAGUUUCUCAACUUUGAUAUCAAAAAUAAACAGAUUAACUUUUUUUAAUUUAUGUUAAUAAAUACGCUUUCAGUUCAGAGUCUGGUUUAAAAUAAUAAUUUUAAAGACCGAUAAUCAGAAUUUUUGAGACGUCAGAGUUUGAAAAAAAAGCUCAUUUUAGUGUCCUUUCUACAUCUCCGAGCAAAAAGUUCAAAUUUUACUCCUUUUUUUUCAAUGUUAUCCAUUUUUUAAACUGAUUUGUUGCCAAACUGCUAAUUGAAUGAAAAAAAAAAUUCCUUCGCCAGAAAUAUAUUAUUUUUUCUUAUGCCUGAAGUCCAAAGGAAGCUGAAAGUCCAACUCAAAAAAAUUUUUUUAAUUUUCUUUUUUUCCGGUUUUUUUAAGUUUCGUGACACCUUUCUGGCGUCAUUAUCAAGUUGAAAACAAGUAAUGUAAUUAAAAAAAUAUCCCACAGGAAUAACAUUACAAAUACAUAUUCGCAAGCCAUUUCUUAUUCAUCGCCUUGUUAUGAGUGGAAUGCAAAAUAUCUCUCUUUCUCCUUUUUUUUUGAGUUAAAAAAAAUUGAAAUUCGCAUGGCUUUUGCUACAUUUUGAAGUUCCAGACAUACCAUAUCUUGCUUUUUUUUUCUUUUUGAAUGAAAAAUGUCUAAAAUGUAUUAUUUAUAGGCGAGAUCUCAACGCGAUUACAUUCUUUUAUGCUUCCAGUUUCUAGAAAUUCGACUUGGUCUCAUUUUUUGAACUCAAACUUCUUUUCUGGCCUUUUCCAUUUCGAAUUUCAAUUCAUCGCUUCAAAACUCGAUUUUUCUAGGUAAAAUGUGGCGAUUUAUAAGCUUGAUUUCGUUGGCUUCUUGCCAAAUCUCCUUCCAUUUCGAUACCGACCGACGGCAUUCAAUUUUCCCGCGCGAUUCGCUCCUUCUUCCACCCUUGAGGUAUCACUUGAGGGUUUUUCCAACUUUUGAUAUUAUUUUCAAGAUCGCAAGACGAUGGAGUACUAUCCGGAAGGCUCAUUCCACUAACGGACAAAUUUGUGGGUUUUUCCAAGGCGUAAAUAUUUAGAAAUGGGGUGAAGAGUCUUUUUUAGUGGCUUUGAAGCUUGGGAAAUCUUAAAAGAAAGUUUUGGGGUCCCUAUAGGGGCAACCUUAGGGGCUCUUGGAGGAUCCCUCUAGGGACCAUUUUGCAAACCCCUAUAGGGGCUACUAAAGCUUGUAAAGUGGUAUCUUUAUUUGACAUGCGAGUCGAUAACUUUCUGAAUUAUUUGCGUUCAAAGGCCCCUCUAGGGACCACUCCAGCUUUAGGGGCUAAGGUGUCAGACCCUAAAUCCCUAUGGAGACCACUUUUUGGCCCCUAACACCUACAUGGACCACUUCUUCGCCCCACAACACCUCUAGGGAUUUCUUAAGAACACCCUCUGAAAUUCCUAAAAAUAUCCUUCAGAUGGUCAACCGUCCAUCGGUUGCCGUCGAAGAAUCGCCCGUCUCCAAAUUGGACCUGACCCCUCCCCCCACCACUUCAACCACCACUCCAGAACCCACCACAACGACCUCGAUUCCGCCUUCAGAAGCUCAAUUCCUCCAGCCUUCAGACCCGAACGAAGAAGAAGAAGCGUUCAGAGAAGGCCCCUUGGAUCUCACCAGCAAAUUGGCUGUGGUAGAGCAUUCUCACACAUUGCUCAUGUUACCUCAAGUUACAGCGGCUCGCUUGGAAAGCCUUCGAAGAAGACGUCAACGAGCGAGUUGAGGAGGAGUUCAUGUGGGUGCCGCUGAAGGUUUCAAGCAGCUACUUGAGUGAUCUCUCAAGUGAUCCCUAGGUUCUCAACGGAAAUGGGCAGAUUGUGUCGGGGAUGCUGUACGACUUGAGUGUGCUGGCCGGCGUAUCCAACUGCUCUCGAUAUGAAGUGAGCACUUGAGGGGUUAGGCGUCAUCUAAGGAAAUUUCCAGGUCUCCACUUAUUCAUUGCGUGAUUAUCAUUGCGUCUAUCGACAAGGAAAGCCUCGAGGGGUUAGUUUCUAGAUUUUCUCUUAAAACUGAUGUGGUUUUUACUGUAAAAUUUGGAUGGUUUUGAUGAAAUAAGGAUGAAAAGCUGUUUUUUUUUUUCCCGAAAAUUGAAAAAUUUUAUUCUACUUGAGCAAAAAAAACCAUGCUCCCAUAAAUACAUAGAAACUGGGCCAGUAAAAAAAAUGCAAAAAAAAAAUUCAUCGCAGUGAAGUUGAACUUUGCUCCUCAAAUUGGCACCUUAGCGUGCUAGCCACUAGGUCAAGUGAGCUUCCGCCCCUGGGCUACAAGCUUUGCGAACAAUAAAGCCGUUUUCAUGUAUUUAUUCACUUUUAAAGCCUAAAAUUUGUUAUUUCAUCUCAUUUCUUUCCAGAUUUUCAACGUGCUCGUCUCCGAAAAAAGUAACCAAUGGUCCCAAUUCAUCCCCGACUCUUCCCGGGUUUACUCUUUGCUGGAGAGACGUGUCGCCGAAGAUGAAUUCAUCGCAUGA